AUGGAUAGCUGGGAUGUUUCUCCCACCAACAGCACGGCCUACCAGGUUGCUCUCGCAGACAGCAGCAACAACUACUCCCAGUUCACGGGUCUGGAGCUGAUCCAGGCCUACAAGCCUCUGAUUGUGCCGUGCUACGCGCUGGUGGUCUUUAUCGGCAUCUUCGGCAACUAUCUGCUGCUUUACGUCAUCUGCAAGACCAGGAAGAUGCACAACACCACUAACUUUUUCAUCGGCAACCUGGCCUUCUCCGACAUGCUGAUGUGCACCAUCUGUGUGCCCUUCACUCUGGCCUAUGCCUUCCACCCCCAGGGCUGGGUCUUCGGCAAGUUCAUGUGCUACUUUGUCUUCCUGAUGCAGCCCGUUACAGUCUAUGUGUCCGUCUUCACCCUGACAGCCAUCGCCGUCGACAGGUAUUACGCCACGGUCCACCCGCUGAAGAAGCGACUGUCGAUCGGGAGCUGCACCUACAUCCUGGCUGGACUCUGGCUCAUGUCGUGUGCCUUGGCCGCCCCCGCCUUUGCUCACACUUACCACAUCGAGUUCCAGGACCAGGAGCUGACCAUCUGUGAGGAGUUCUGGGUGAGGGAGGAGAAGGAACACUUGGCCUACGCCUACAGCACGCUGAUCAUCACCUACAUCCUCCCGCUCUCCGCCGUCUCCCUGUCCUAUCUCCGCAUCACCCUCAAGCUGAAGAACCGUGUGGUCCCGGGCAACGGCACCCACAGCCAGGAGCGCUGGGAGAAGGUGAAGCGCAAGAAGAUCUUCCGCCUCUUGGUGCUGGUGGUGACGGUGUUCGGCGCUUGCUGGCUCCCUCUCAAUGUCUUCAACAUCAUCCGUGACAUAGACAUCAGCCUGAUCAACAAGGACUACUUCAACCUCAUCCAACUGCUGUGUCACUGUUCGGCCAUGACCUCCGCCUGCUGCAACCCCUUCCUCUACGCUUGGCUCCACGACCGAUUCAGGGCAGAGCUGAAGAAGAUGUUCGCUUGCAAGAAGAAGAUCGUUCCCACUAGCAACUGCAUCGCGGUGAGCGUCGUCCUAUGAGGCAGCCGAUGGG